AUGGGCGAGAACUUCAAGUCAGAAGAUAUACUUGGAUUUAAACUUGAUAGGUGUAUUUCCGAUACCUUGAUUAAGACAGGUGCUGGUUUAUUUGGGGGAAUCAUAUUUUCUGUGGUGCUUGCUAAAAGGCGUCCAUGGCCACUUAUCUUCGGGACUGGUUUUGGUCUCGGGAUGGGGAUUUCCAAUUGUAAUAAUGACUUUAAACAACCACUUCCUUUGGUUUCUCACCGUAUUGUGGUAAGUUUUCCUGACCUUCAUUGUGGAUCGUUUCAGAGUUCAAAUCAAGUUCCGGAUGAAAAGAUAGACACAUAG